CCUUGUUUGUGUACUUGGAUUUUUUGCCUCGUUUUUGUAUUUGCAAUGUGGGCAAAGCAGAAGAGAUUCAAUGUCUCUCUCCAGGUCAAAACCUUGCCGCGAAUAUCAGCGCAUGGCAGGCAUGGACGAAGGUGGCCAGAUGUCCAGGAGUGUGUUCGAGGUUCAUGCCAUCCUCUCCUUUUCAUAUUUCAGUCCAUUUUCCAUAUGACUUGUUUGGUUCACUUUGCACUGAGACUGUACCAGACUUCUGCAACCGGUUGUUUCCUUGCCUUGACUCAUGUCUUGUUGCUCUUGUCAAGUUGGAGUUGGUGCGUUGUGUAAGUGAGCUGGAAGACCCAGCUGUAUGGGGCAUUCUGCCAGAGCCUGACUGAUGACUGCGCUUUGUUGCAGUGGGCUCUGGAGGGCAAUUUCAUGGCACUGAAGAACCACCCCAAACAGCUGGCAGCACGGGACGAGAGCGGCGCCACCCCGCUGCACUACGCCGCCUCCAGGGGGCACCCCUGUGCUAUUAAACUCAUUGUGCAGGUCGUUGGGCUGCAUGAACUAAAUGCCACAGAUGAGGAAGGGAACACACCCCUCCACUGGGCUGUACAGAAGGGUCAGAGGGGAAGCUGUGCGGCUCUGCUCGACUUGGGCGCAGACCCCAACAUUCUCAACAAAUCCCUCUUGUCCCCACUGCACCUAGCCGUCAGCCUGAGACACAACGACCUGGUCAAGCAUCUCCUAUCCUACGAUCAGAUUGACGUUAACCUGGAGGGCGAUCUGGGGAACACUCCUCUAAUCCUGGCCGCCUCCGUGGACAACCAUGAGGCCCUCUGCAUUCUGCACAGGAACGGCGCAAAACUGUGCCGGCAAAACAAGCUGGGCCACUUCCCUGUUCACGCUGCAGCUUUUGCAGGAGCCAAGAAGUCCAUAGAAGUGGUUCUUCAAAAAGGAGAGGAGGUGGGUUUAUCCAUUGAAGAGCAUAUUAACUACGUGGACAAAACAAUCAGCAGUCCUCUUCAUCUGGCUGUACGUGGAGGAAACCUUGAGGUCAUCAGACUUUGCAUCGCUCAUGGAGCCAAAAUUGACCUGCAGCAGUGUGAUAAGUCCACUGCCCUCCAUUUGGCCUGCACUCAAGGUGCUAUUGAGGCAGUUAAGGUCAUGCUUCUGGCCUACGACAGUAUAUGUGACAUCAUCAACAUCACCGAUGGAGCCUGCCAAACACCACUUCAUAAGGCAUCCAUUUUUGACCACUACGAACUGGCUGAGUACCUAAUUUCACAGGGUGCCGAUAUCGACUUUAUCGACUGUAAAGGUCACUCGCCACUGCUGCUGGCUACCAGCUGUGGCGCAUGGCGGACUGUCAAUCUGCUUCUGUCGCAUGACGCAAACCUGAAACUCAAAGACCGAGCUGGCUGCAACUUCUUGCAUCUCGUCAUCUUGCAGCCCAGAGGACUGAAGAACCUGCCUGCAGAGGUGCUGCAGAAUGAGAUUGUGAAAGAGCUGUUAAAUGAUGAAGAUUCAGAGGGCUGCACUCCUCUUCACUACGCCUGUAGACUGGGAAUACCCGACUCCGUGAAGAACAUGCUCGGGCUUGAGGUGUCACUGGCCCAGAAGUCCAAGCAGAAGAAGUCUGCCCUGCACUUUGCAGCUGAGUACGGGAGGAUCAACACGUGCCAGCGGCUGCUGGAGACGAUGUCAGACACGAGGCUCCUGAAUGAGGGGGAUGAGAGGGGUAUGACCCCACUGCACAUGGCUUCUCGCGGUGGCCACGUCAAGGUGGUCGAGUUGCUCCUGAGGAAAGGGGCUCUGUUCCACAGUGAUUAUAAAGGCUGGACAAGUUUGCAUCAUGCUGCAGCUGAGGGCUACACACAGACCAUGGAGACCUUACUCAUGGGAAACAUCAAACUCCUAGACAAAACCGACGCAGACGGAAACACGGCGCUGCACCUGGCGGGACGGGCAGGCCAUGUGGCAGCCGUGCGUCUGCUCCUUCACAGAGGAGCCCAGAUCCUGCUUAACAAGGGUGACGCUUCCUUCCUGCACGAGGCAGUGCACCAUGGGAGGAAGGAAGUCGCCAGCUCUGUGAUCGACAGCGACAGGUGUAAGGAGGCCAUCAUUACAUUCAAAUUGAACUCAGCGAAACGCUGCAUUGUCAUGGACAUGAUAGAAUUCCUCCCUGAAUGCUUCAGGCAUCUCCUAGAUACCUGUAUCAAGGAGUCUGAGGAAGAUGUGAACUCCUGCCACUACUAUGUGGAAUAUAAUUUCCAGUGGCUUCAACAGCCAGAACAAUAUGCUAAGAAGACUGAGAACUCUGAGAAAAAUGACAACUACAAGCCACUGGCCACACUCAAUGCUAUGGUGGAGUUUAAUCGUGUUGAGUUGUUGACCCAUCCAGUGUGCAAAAAAUACUUGGAAAUGAAAUGGAAAGCAUAUGGUGUGAAAGCCCACCUGCUCAACAUGAUGGUGUAUGCGCUGGGAGUAUUUCCCCUCACUUACUUGAUCGUGAACUUAAGGCCAAAACUGAGCCUGGAGAGAAAUGCAACGACAGUCAGCAUGGUUACCACAUCGCUCAACAAGCAAAAUCUUUCCAUCACAACCUGUAUGUUUCUGGUCCUCGCAAUGAACACGUACGCAGUUAGCAAAGAAAUCGUGCAAAUGUGUCAUCAGGGUCUGAAGUACCUGCAGGACGUGUCAAAUCUGAUGGACUGGGCGGCUGCUGUCGCUUCUCUGCUGUUCGUCAUUCCUCUCUUACUGGACAUAAAGAGCACAUGGCACUGGCAGGCUGGAACCUUGGCAGCCCUGUGCACCUGGAUCAACCUCCUCCUCUACCUGCAACGGUUUCAAAGGUUUGGAAUAUACGUGGUCAUGUUUCGUGAGAUUUGCAGAACACUGCUCAGCAUCAUUGUGAUAUUCGUCUAUCUGAUCCUGGCGUUUGCUUUGGCUUUCCAUGCUUUGCUGAUUGAACAGAGACAUUUUGGUAGGGUGUUCAUCUCCCUGAUGCAAACCUUUGUUAUGAUGGUGGGAGAGAUCAACUACCAGGACAACUUCCUGAAACCCUACAUGGAUGAGCACCUUCCUUUUCCUGUGUUGACAUAUGGAGUCUUCAUUUGGUUUGUCCUGCUGGUUCCAAUUCUGCUCAUGAACCUGAUGAUUGGUUUGGCUGUUGGUGAUAUUGCAGAGGUGCAGACUAAUGCCUGCUUAAAGCAAAUUGGAAUGCAGAUUGAACUUCAUACAAAUCUGGAGGAGCGGUUGCCGCACUGGUUUAUGGAAAGAGUGGACAGGGUCUCUGUGAAAGAGUUUCCUAAUAAAUGUUUCAAGGGCAAGAGAUGGUUCUUCUGUGGGGGUGAAAUAAGCAAAGCAAGAGCACGUCUGAGUCAAACGACCCACCAGUUAACACCAAUGGAGCGUGAGCUAACCAAACAGAAAUGCAGACUGAAGGUGAUGUGCGAGGCCAUGGAAAAGCAGCACAACAUGCUGAAACUCAUAGUCCAGAAGAUGGAGAUCAGCUCAGAGGCUGACGAUCACGAUGGCCCGCCCGUCUGCCGAGAGAUCAAGCAGAAACUCCUCGCCAGGAGCAAGUGGCAACCGCUACUCAACAAUGUAGUUACAGCUAGGAGGAAAUAGAACUCAGAAGCGCAAAGUUCUGCUGCCUCUUUAAUAAGCAAAGCAGCAACAGCAUCAUUGAUUGGUAAUUCUACAUACUGACAUACAGUUGUAAUUCAACGGAUCCAUAAUUUCCCAAAGCUGUGCCGUUUUAGUAUUUCUUUACUUAUUUAUAUAAGUUAGUAAAAUCAUUAGUAAAUCAGGAAACCCCUGGUCUUUUUAAUACCUGCAUCUGAAUAUUCAGUGUCUAGGAAUGUUCAGGAUCAGUCAUUGUAGAUGUUAAACAAAAUUGGAGUAGAGCAAACUUUUGCACGAGAGGCUUCAGUGUAAAGCAGAAAAAAAAGUAUAUAAAAGACAUAAAAUGCUUCAAAUUCUGUCCAAUAGCGAUUUGCACAGACCAAUGCUGCAAUUUCAAUUCAUCUUUAAUGAAUUGUGAGCAGUGUUUAGAUAGUUUUACAUACUCUUACUUACAAUACAGGUAAACUGGAAAAAGCUCAUAAAAUUAGUAUUACAUGGAAAUCAGUUUUAUCUAUGAUUUCAUUUUAAUUCCAGUACUAGGAUGUCAACAUUUUUCAAUGCAAGAAUGCAGCCGUUUCCUAAUUCACAUUUUUUCAGUUCAACUGAAAGGAUCACAACUCAUGAAUUUAUUCAUGAAUUGGUCCCAAUCAUGUCAUGCAUCCAAACCAAAAUCCAUGUCAUUCAUAAAAAACAGUAGUAGCAAAUGCUCACUGGUUAUGAAAUCCAUUCUGAAUGAUUACAACUAAAAUAACAAAUGCUCAAAACAAUUAAUGCGCCUGAAGUUCUAAAGCCUUUUUCAGUGAUGAAACAUUUACUUUUUUUAGUGAUUGCUUGUGAAACAGAAAUUAUUUCUACACUAAAUUUCACCACUUAUGUUUUAAAAAAAAAAAAAAAAAAAAAAAAAAAAAAA